AUGCUCCUUCUCCUUCGCCCGGACCACCUGUCGGUUGACGGUGACGAGACAUGGAACACGCGGUUCGUUCGCGUUGCUAUCCCCUCUGGUGGUGCGGAACACAUCACCGCGUCGGAGGCGCUUGUAGAGGUCGCGUUGACGAGAAUUUUGCGCGCGGCUCCAUUCAUUGCACCCAGUCCCGCCAGCUUAAAGGGCUCAUGCGGCAACCUCGCUUGUCUGUUCGCGUUCGACAAGAUCGUUACCCAGCUGGACGCGGUGGCUGCCAGUGGAUUCAGACCGCAAUACCCAAGGCCCAACGUGAAGACUCUGAAUGCACUGCGGCAUGAGGCGUACCGAACUGCCGAAGAGCUCGCGUUCAACUUGACCGUGGAUAUGCCGCGACCCAAGCACGGCGGUGAGGCUGACGGGGUUGAACCGGGGAAGGUGCAAAAGGUGGCAACGGGUGUGCAGGUUGCUGAUCAUGGUGUUCUCGCUCUCACAGUUGCCGCUGGUGUCUCGAACCGCGGAGGCACUCGGGGGGGGGGUCGGUGGUCCACGCUGAUGACGAAGGGGCAGAGGACACCGCGACUAAGGGUGCACCCCUCGAUGAGGCUGACCGCAAUGUCGAGCGUGAGGGGUAGGAGUCGAGCGAGGAGGAGGCGGAGGCUCACGUGGUCGCGGCCGCGGCAGCAAGCAGGCCCACGACAUCCGGCAAGAGCAUCAGGCAUCUUGCGCAGCACUUGGCCCCCGGUGCUGGAAGCGCGGGCCCGAGCGUGGUGUCGGGCCUUGGAGAAGGAGGCGAGGGCGAUCGCGCAGGAAAGGGCUGCUCUGAUCGACACGCGUAACCAUGAGGCGUUGGUGCUGGGGCGAGUGGACGCGAGGUUGGGACAGCUGCAGGGGGUGGUGGCACACUCCAUGGAAACCGCUCAGAAGAAGCUGACGGACGAGGUUGCGCGGAAGAUUGAUAACAUGUCGACCGCGGUCUCCGCGACAGCAGAGCGGGCAAUCACAACCAGCAGGGUCAUGAACGCGCUUCACACGCUCAUCUCGCUCGUUGGAGGAAGCCCGCCGCCGCGCACGGAUAUUGAAGAACCAGCUGCGACUAAGAAUGCCGAGCCCGGGGAUGCAGAGCAUGGAAAGCGGGCGGCGAGUGCGAAGGCUGAGAAUCAGCGAGGGCCAAAGAGGCAGAGAGGUCCUCUGGCAGCGGCCGCGGUGCGCAACCCGAGCGUGCAGGACUUGCUGAAGCAGAAGUGGGGGGCUGCAUCGCGGGGAGCAGCACAGCCUACUCAACCGGGCUCGAGCUCGCGCUCCAUCCCACCUGGAGAAGCUGCACUCAAACUAUCGGGCCCUGCCGGGGCAACCGCGACAAUGACGGCUACCGUGGGUAAGGGCAAGGGUAAGUCGGAGGAUGGGGAGGGGCCCGCUACUGCGGGUUCGCUGGCUGCGAGGCGUGAGGUCCAGCCCGCGACAUCUGCAGCGGCGGAAGGCAAGCAGACCGCGCUCGCACCCGCUCAUGCUGCCGCAGGACAUCAAGGGCGCAGCGCGAUCGCAUCUGCAGGUCCAAGUGUUGCUGCGGUCGAGGUCAAGACGGAGAAACGCGGCAGGGGUGGCAAGAAGUUGCCCCCUACACCCGUGUACACGAUCGACGAGGACAAUGCGGACGACGAGCUGGAGGGUCUCGUGAGCAGGUGGGUCGUGGAGGCGGGCGACGGAGGAGAGCAGGGUGGGGAGGCCGCGGUCGAGGUUCAUAGCGGCCGGGAGAGCGCGGACGAGCAAGACGGAGAUCCCGUGGUCGUGCCAGGUGGCACAACGGGAGGACAUGGUGACACCGGCCCCAAGCGCAGGGGCUGCGGUAUCCGCGCUCCACCCAGGGGCGGGCCCGGCUUGGUUUCCGAACCGCAUCUGGGGGGGAAGAAGCGUUGGCUCGGACACGGCGACCGCCAAGACCUGCAGUACAAGACCGCGAUCGUGAUGCUGCCCUGCGACGGGAAGGUGGACCCCGGGCUGAACCUGAGCCAGAAGCAGCUCCGAGACUGGGCCGCGGACCUGUCCAUUGCCGAGAGGUUACACACGGGCCUCUUAAUCACCAUGCACUACCGCAAUCUCGUGGCAAGCAAGGACAGUGCGGUGCGGAAGCGCAAUCACCGCGAGCAGCAGGAUGAGGAAGACGAGCCGCAGGUUGUCGCGGAACCGAAGGUGGUCGCGGGUGCGAUCGUGUCUGGAGUAGUGAACAAAGUCGUCGCCAAGUCUCGCGAUCUCAGGCGCAUUGAGUUGGCCGCCCGCGAAACGGUGGACGUUAUCAUCACGUGGUGCGACUGCUUGGUGGCAGGGAAGGUCAUAGAGUCCUUGGGUCUGUACCUUGCCCUGCCCAAGGAUCGUCUGUCCGCGAAGAAGCGGACUUGA